AAUAUAAUUUAAAAGGAACUGUCGCAAAAGAUUCCACAUUUUACGCAUCAUUACGUGCGCCCAUUGCAUUGAAAAAUAGCCAAAUUACUAAAAAAGCCAUACAAGAUGAAGAUCUCACUUUUAAAAACAUGAGUAAUAACAACGAUACGCCUAUUGCUGACAAUGGACCUAUUUGCAAUUCUAUAAACGUAGAAGAUAUAAGCACAUGUGUUGAAGCUAUUGAAAAUUUUUUUAAUCGCAUUAUAGAGAAUGUAAAAAAUAAUAGUCAACUACUUGCAG